CAGCAAUUGACCUCGAAACGCUUUGCCGAUAUCAAACCUAUUAUGGCGUCCUCAAGAAUAGUCGCCCGCUCAUCACGAGCUCUCCUCACCCUUCAGCGCACCCAAUGCCGCGCCUUCAGCAUUUCCACAGCCCGCAGUAAUGAAUUCGAAGCCCUCAACAAGCGCACCAACGACACCUCGGAAAAGUACCGCAAGUUCCAAAUCGAAAAGCCACUGAACCCGCAUCUCACAAAUACGACCUCCACCAUCGCGAAUGAGAUGCCGUCAGUCGGCAAGGAUUCAGCGCCACCGGAGUUGAUCAAGCAUGCAGACGGAAAAUUCACACCCAAAGACUCAGUACCUAAGAACACAGAGAAGAUGACGGGCGGCGCGCAGAAGGGCAAAGGUGGUGCGAACAAGGAGUUGGGUGUGGGCGAGAUGGAGGGCGCCAAGUUCAAGGUUGAGCCACUGAGGAGAACGGGAGAGGACCCGAACACGAUGCGUGCGAGGUUAUUAUAUCAAAGCCGCAAGAGGGGAACCCUAGAAAGUGAUCUCCUCCUCAGCACCUUCGCCGACGCUAAGCUCGCCACCAUGUCCCCCCAGCUCAUGCAACAGUACGACCUGUUCCUCGACGAAAACGAUUGGGACAUCUACUACUGGGCGACGCAAGAGCCCUCGCCAACAUCUCUCGAAACAGCCGAGGGCUCUGGGUCGGAACUCGCUACCCCUAACGCCCAGGGCAAGAACGCGAAGGCGGAGACGAAGGUGCAAGAGAAGGAUGAGUGGAAGCGGGAGCCUGCUAGCGGGGAGUGGGCGCAGACUGUGGGUACGUUCAAGCCGGCGUAUCGACCUGUGCCGAGUAGAUGGAAGGGAAGUGAGAUUUUGAGUUUGAUAAGGAGGCAUAUUCAAGAGAGGAAAGCCGGAGGCGUUGUAGAGGGGGAGGGAGGGGUGAAAAAAGAGGGCAAGGGGCUGGGUAUGAUGCCUCCCAUCAAGAACUUUGAUCAGUAGAGUUUCGACAUAUCGGUCGAUAUCUGUAAGUUAUGUAGUAUGCUAUGUAUAAAAGCUGAUCAAUCGUUCUUGAAUGGGCUCUCUCUUGUGAAGGGCAACUUCCAUCAUGCGCCACUCCAAUAUGAUGCCUCCAUCUCAGUUCCGCGACU